CCGAAAUGGCAAUGAAAAAGCUGAUUGAACUCGGAUUAUUAUGAAUAAUAGAUUCAUUUUAUCUAGACGCCAUCUCUGCACACAAAUCUUCACAGGCAACAACGGAUGAAUCUUCGCCUGUUACACUGACAACAGUAACACCAAGUAUAUUUCAUAAUUUACAUUUUUAUUUUUAUUUCAUUGCGUCAACAACGUCUUCAUUUCUACGCGUGCACUUUUCCCCAAUCGACCAUGUAAAAUGGGUAUGUAUGUAAAACUUUAUUUCAAUAGGUUACGUGCAUGGCUAUUUACCAGUGAACUCCAUGUCUUUUAUCUGGAAUGAUAACAUGUGGGAGAAACGUGAAGCCAACAUUGAACUAUAAAUAAACUGGAAGGCUAACUGCUAUGAUGGAGGCCUAUGAUUUGAUGAAGCCAAAAUAGUUUUUCUGAGUUAUGAGCAGAAAUACUUGACCCCAAACGUCGGGCUAUAUAUCAAAUUGAAGCUAUUGAAAGUUGCUAUUCGGUGUGGAAAUUUCAAGACUUCAGCGAAAAGAAAAAUAUUUAAAAAAUACAAAAACAACUGCAAAACGGCAAAUUAUCGGUAAUUAUGUUUGUAGUUUUUCAAUAUUUCCCUUUUAGCUAAAGUCUUGAAAUUUCUACACCAAAUAGCGUUUUUCAAUAGUUUCAAUUUGAUAUAUAGCCCAACGUUCAGUGUUGAGUAUUUCUGCUCGUAACUCAGAAAAACUAAAAUACACUGGCUUCAAUUCCUCCCCCCCCCCUGAGUUAGCCUUCCAGUUUAUUUAUAGUUCAAUGGAAGCCAAUGCCAACGCCACUUGACACGCGCUGAUUCGUGAUAGACCGCGCGGUGAUGGCGUAUAAGGGGACUGAAACUGACGUACUAUAUGGCGUGGCAAUGGUGUGGAGAGCUGACGCCACUACUCACGCGUUGCUCACGCGAGGCUUCACUUUUUUACUGCCAAAUGACUGAAUCACAGAAUAGAUACAGGACCAGAAGUGUCACUCAGACGAUAUUUUGUCCGAAAUUUUACGAGUGCUGACGUGAAAAUACGCCAUCAUAUGACGCCAUCCUGGAGUGCACACGGAAGUUUUUCAUAGGAAAACAUAGGUACGAAGUGCCGGGUGCACUCCAGGAUGGCGUCAUAGCACGCAAAAAAAUUUCGGACGUUUUCCUUCGGCCAAAACAAAUAGGAGUGACACUUCUGGUCCGGUAUCUCUUCUGUGACUGAAUGUUAUCAUUCCAGGUAAAUAGAUUGAGUUCACUGCUAUUUACGAGACGUCAAUGGUCACUGGGCUAAAACAAGUAUAAUAAGUAUGAUUUACAUAACAACCAUUACUAGAAAUUUCAUCAAAAUUUUUUAACAUAGGGUAGAAAUUAAGAGGGUCUGAAUGGGGUUAACUGACUACUGAUAUUUGCCUGAAUUUUUGACUGACAACUGACAAAAUAUCCUAACUGACAACUGAGAAAUGAUGAAAAAAUGAUGAGUCAGCAUUUUGCAGUAACUGACUACUGACAGCUUGCAAUAUAUCGCACUGACAACUGACAACUGGCUUAAAUUUCAGCUGACAACUGACACCCAAAGACCCCCAUUAAGACCCACAAUUAAGUUCAAAGAGUAAAAAUUCGCUCAAAUCCAGGGACGCCGGAACGAUGUGAAGGCAAGGGGGGCAGAUUUUCUUGAAAGGGCACUUUUGAAUUGAUAUUUUCUAAGAGAUGUUUGCAAAACAUCGGGAGGGCCCGGGAGUUGAACUUCGCCUGAUCAUGUUUUCUAGUUUUGGAUGAUAGGGGUGUGAGGGGGUUCUCCGCCAGGCGAUUGUGCUAUUCCUGAAGUUCGAUGACUGCAUUUCUUGCGUUUUCUGAAGCAAAUUCGUAAAAGAAUUGCACUGACAAUUCGCUACAAUUCGCUAAUUGCACUGACAAUUUCUGAAAAUUUGCUAUUUCGCCAAGGCAAUCCUUUAAAUUGAAAGGGCACCUUUGCCCCCCCCCCCUUGCCCCUCCUGGUAAAGGGCAACGGGGGCGGCUGCCCCUCCUGCCCCCCAGUUCCGGCGUCCCUGCUCAAAUCAAACUUCAAAGUUUUGUGUCAGAUAUAAUGCAACCUCCUUCACGGGUCAUGGUUUCCAUUUUUUUUCAUGAAUUAUUCACACAGCUUUUAACUUUUUCCUUUACUAAAGCCAUCAUUAGACAAUUUUAUAUCUGCGAUAGAAUUGAUUUGAAAAAUUGAACUAUCUUAUUUAAUGCUUUAGAAACGAAAAUCCCGACCAGUUCAGAUGAAGAGAGUUCCGGCUCAAACAUCUCAAACAAAAUUUUUAUUGCUUUGUUUUGCACCGCUCUUGUUGUCAUUGUUUUUCUUGGCAUUCUUGUGGGAUGUCUGUGGAAGAAACUGCAAAGGUCAGUAAAAGUCGUUUCCACACUUUUCUGUUCUCUUUCCUUUCCUUGAUAUUUAGAUCUUCACUUGCAAAUUGCCUCUGGUACCAUCUCAACCUUGCUUUCCUCACCUUCACUGCAAUGUCUACCACAACACAUCUUCUUCUGAUCUCUUCAUUCCAUAAUGUCUCUGACCAGCUCUCCUUCAUCUCUUCUAUUACAUGUCCAUACCAUCUCAACCUUGCUUCCCUCGUCUUCUCUGCAAUGUUAAUUUACCGCAACACAUCUUUGAUCGGUGGGAGGGGGGGGGGCGAACGAGCUAUGUCCACCCAACUAUACAAAUUGUGGCCAUCUAGUUUUUUGUAAGAUCUUUUCCCCGACACUUCAUCCAAUUCUGUAAUAAUUUAGCUGCCAAUAUUUUCAUUCUUUCUUAGAAAUCAAGACAACAAUAAUACGAGAGGUAACGCGACUAUAAAUUUAAGAACAGGGAAAUAUACAAAAGCGAAAUUUGAGAUGAAACUUCAGACGAAUUAGUACAAUUUUAAAAUCGUAACCGACAGCAUUUGUGUCUUAAACCAGUAAAGCACUCGUGUUUUAAAUAGUACAAAAAAUAUAUCCAGUGCGUUGGGUAAUCAAUUUCAGUGGUGCUUUAAUUACUUUGCAUUUGUAUUCGAGUAAAAGUAGAAGUAAUUAACAAUAAAACGACUUGAGUAAGAGUAAAACGUACUGGAGGCAAAACGUACUUAAUUAAAAAGUACAAAGUAUCCUGAAAAAAGACUUGAAGUAAAAGUAAAAGUACUUAAGGGGGGGGGGGUUCGCCAAUGGACAGCUGACAUAAAAAGACACAAAACAACACACGCAUUAUAUGCGUGCACCGAAUAUACAAUAUUUCACGGCAUGGUCUACUUUCCAGACCCUGUUGAAGAUAUAAGAAAUCCAUUAAAUAAAUAAUGCUUAUAAGUAAGCCACAAACGAGAGAUCCCAGACGCAUGUAGAGGUCGUAUUACCUUUCCCGAAAUUAAAAUAAAUUAGGAAUAAAUUACGUAAAAUUAAACAAAUAUUAGAAAGUAACGAAAUACUUCGCCACAAAAUGAAAAUAACGAAGUAAAACUUCUCAAAACAGUAGUCAAGUACAGUAACGAAGUACAUUUACUUCGUUACUUGACUCCACUGCUUAAUUUCGGCAUGAAUGUUCUUGAAAUUUUUUUAGAAAUGCAAGCUAUUGAUGAACAGAGUGGAGCUACCUCAGAAAAUGACGUCUUGCCAUAUGUAAUAGUGCAAGACAAUGGUGUAAAUAUUAAUAACGGAGCUUCCUUUACGACAUCAGGGAACAACAUCAAUGAAAAUUCAUCAGGUACAUAUGCAAAAACGUACAAGUUGUUAUAGAUCUGCAAACAAGUUGUUACAAGUCUGUUCACAAGCUGACGACAAGUUGUGUUCGCACUGCUUGUUCCCAACACCUUGUAGCAAGUUUGCAACCAGUUAUAUCAUGACUGUAUUGGACUUGUUGGAAUAACUUUGCAACAAGUGUGAUAAUAUCAACAAGGUUGUUACAAGUUGUUAACAGCUUGUUCCAAACUUGUUGACAACUUGGGACAAGCAGCGCGAACACAACUUGUUGACGGCUUGUUGACAGACGGGAGAAUCUUAAACUCAAUAAUUCAUGAGUAAAUUAGCCAACCAUAUUGCUUUAUUUUGCUCACAUGAUAAUACUGUAUACCUGGUGAAGUAUAUUGUAUACCUAGUGAGUAGUGAAGUAUAUAUAAUUCAGUCCUUGGGCCGGAUCAAAAUUAAUUCACCUCACCAAUAAGUAUUGAUUUAUUCGUAUGGGAUGUCAUUUCAAAUCCUGGGGUUGAAAUCUGUGAUUAGUUGCCAUUGACCUCAAAAAGACCUGGAAUGCUACCUUGGUAGAAAAUGCUUUAGAAAAUGUCAGCGAAUUAAGUUAUGCAUCAUGGGAUAUAGAUUCAUGUCUCGCUAAUAGGGUUAGCGGUUAGGGUUAGGGUGGGGAUUAGGGUUAGCAUUAUAAAUAGCGAGACAUGAAUCUAUAACCGCAUCAUGCAUAAAGUAUACAAUGGGCUAAUUACGUAUUCAGUCACUCCACUUGGCAAAGCAAGCAUAAAGUAUACAAUGGGCUAAUUACGUAUUCAGUCACUCCACUUGGCAAAGCAAGACAAAUCUCAUCGAAUUUUCAUUCAAAUUUAAUCAACAUUUAGUCAAUUUGUCCUUGGGCAAUGCCCAUUAGUCCGUAUUAAUACGGACACAUAUACAUACAUAGGCAGAGGCCGCGGAAUCAUUUCGAAAGUUGAGGCCAAAAGGGGCCCUUUCGUAUAUGACCAAAAUCAAACGAUUUGAUGUCGUUCACGAGCCAAACGAAAAUUCUUGAAAAUAUGGAGUCUCUAUAACGUCGGAAAUGGCUUUUAUACUACUGCAAAAAGGGCACUUCCUAUCCAGCAAAAGACGAAAUACUUUUUUCGUUCUUUAAUUAAAUGGGGCACUUUAGCCCCCCAAAAAGGGCACUUUUUUCACUUUUAAAAGUGUGUGGGUGUGUGGGUACAUGCCCCCAUUGCCCUACCCGCAGCCCCUGCACAUUGGAGAUAAUAAUGAAAUGGUCAAAAUUAGUUAUAAUUCUCUUUUUUUAUAGCUAUUUAUGAAGAAGCGUUGAACUACCAGCCUCUCCAAAGAAAUCCUUUAGAAUAUCUAAACGAUGAAAACAACUACCAGAGUCUGAUAAAGUCACAAGGAACACACUGAACUUCAAGGUUGAAAAUAUUUCGACCUGAAAUUGUUAUUUUUCAUCGAGUUAUUAAAGAACAUUGGCAAGGAAAUCACGUUAUUCACGAUAAAGUUGGGAAGACCUUUUACGAUAGCAGUAUAUAAUAACAUUUAUAUAAUAACAUUUUAAUAUCCAUCUUUGGUUAGAAAAGUACAAUGGAUUUACAAGAAGUGCUAAGGUUAAAAUUGAAAAGAAGAAAUCUUACUAUUAUUUACAUCAAUGUUGCUAAAAAUGUUUAUACUAGUUAUAUAUUCUAUAAAAUUAAUUUAGGACUGUUUUAAACGGGAUAUAGAUCUAGGUAUAAAGGAUUGCCAGUGUCUUUUAGUAUACGAUACAACAUAUGGUAGAUUAUUUGUUGUUCUUAGAUCGUCUUCGAUCUUAGUUUGUUGGAAGAGACACACCCCCCUGGUUCACAAAAUUUGAGUUCGAGAAAUUUUUUCCAUUUUUCUACAUUACAAGUACCCGAAGAAGCUAUAUACAUCAAAAACUGGAUACUAAUAGUUGUUUUGCGAAUUUAAGAGCAAAUUUCAAAUCUGUGUACUUUUUUUUGAUACACCCUGUAUAGUGGAGUAAAAC